UUUUAAAAGCUAAGUAAAAAAAAUGGCAAGUGGAAAUAGUUCAGAUUCAACAGGUCCAAAUGAUGCGGACAUCCAACGUAUGCUGUCAGAAUAUUUUGAGGACCGUCAUCGACAUGCAGUGGAUCCUGAUAUUUUAAAUAGUAUGGACUGGGAUCCACCUGCACAGCAAGUGAUUAACGAGGAAAAUACGCAAGGUUCACCAACAAGAGUUGGAACAUCGGAAUGGUGUCUGUGUGGCAAUUGUAUGCCAAUGCAAAGUGAGGAAGAAAGUCUAUGCUGCAGGGAGAUAGAGAACAUUGUCGAUAUGUUGAAUGAACAACACAAUUGCAUUUGCAAUCUUCCAUAUCUACGUGAGCAAUUAUCUUCACGGGAACACGUGCUGUCUCUAUACCGUUAUGGUCUCAGCUAUGUAAAAUCCGCUAGAUUCCGUUCUCCAGAACAAAUGCAGGAAAGUGACUACCGAAAAACUGCCUACAGGUCCUUCACAAUGUGGGUGUACGGAUACCUGGGACCCAAAAGGCGGCGUCCAAUACCCUCAUGCACAGUGAAACUGAUUAGGUCACACUUUCCUGCACCUGAUGCGAUAUACAUGGGUUUUAGAUAUGCGGAUGAUGACCCUAUAGCUGUUGAACUUGUAUAGUAGACAGUACGAAGCCUUGCAAUUGUUUUACUUUAUCAA